UAGCAUCAAUUGUCUCCUCAUUGACCUCGUCACGGGAUCAUCGUUUCACCAAGUGCUCUUGUACGGACGCUACUAAUUUUUGAAUUUUCAAGGGAAGAAAAAUCCAUAAAAAAUAAAAAAUAAUUAGAAAAUGGGAAACGGUGCUAAAGCUGCUCGUCGUCGCGAGAAACUCGCCAAGGACAAGAAGCCUGUCAAGAAGUCCCAAUUGAAGGCUAACGAGGCAGCCAAGACAGUCAUCUGCUCGAUUUGCCGUACACCUUUCAUGAGAACAAUUCGUCGCGUUGCCUUGCAGGGUCAUGCUGAGAACAAGCAUGAUAAGACCGUCGAGGAUUGUUUCCCCGGCUGGACCGAUUAAGUUUAGGACUAUGAAUGAGUACAUGAGAAUGUACACAUGGGCACAAUCUACAUAUUCAAUAAUGCACCACCGUUUCUUGUAAACUUGCGGAGUAAAGCGUAGCGGGCAGAGGGAAGUGGUCUGUGAGAAUAACU